AGAGCGUAGGUUGCGCAUGACCACUUCCAUCGUUGCGACGUGUUGAUCUUGCGCACCAGUCACCAGUCUAUCGUGUUACAUCGCCGUAAUAACUUGCGUGGUAGCGAAUUUUCACCGUGUAAAUAAAUGCAGUAAAGUGCAUUGAAUCAAAACUCGAUUUCGGUAGUUUUUCGAUUAGUGACACACAUUCUAUAUGGAUUAAAGUGUUCCAAUACUUACGAUAAAGAUAACGCGGCAGACAAGACUUUUCAAUAAAAAUGAGAAGGUGACUAAAAUGGACAUAUUUCUCAUUACCCCUCGUAAAAAAAAUUUCCCGAAUAGUAAUAGUUUUUCACAAUUUAUAUGUCUACUUAUACAUAUAACCUUUAGUUACUGAAAUUGUGUAUUUCACAUUGAAUUAAAUAGUCAAUUCUAAUAAUAAUUUUAUUUAAAGUAUUUAAAAAAAAUCCAUCAUUAGUCAUUUUCUUCUCGUAAUAUCACCGUUACCAUUUAGCAGCCUAUUGGAUCAUAUUUAAAACUUGAGAUCUCGAGAUAGGAUAAUGUCGCGGCGACCGCCAUCUAUACUGCGUCCCUAACCUAAAUUAUUUUUAUCUUCUAUGACCACCGUCUUCCGCGCCGGCUACCCCUCAAGUUACUUGUGCAACAUGGACAUCAAACACGAGAUGAUCUACCGAGACGAUGACGUGUUGCACGUUAAAUCCGAGCCCCAGCUCUAUUCGCCCACCGCGGUCAACGGGGCUUCCAUAGCAGUUGGUGGUAAUCUUUUAACGGGCGGCAAUAACGGUCUAAUGGGCGGUACAUCCGGUAACGGAUUGAUCGUAACUAGUAACGGAGCCGGUGCUUUUACCGCUUUCGGUAAUUCCGCCGUCGGUAUGACCCAAGGUGCGCAAUCUAUGAAUAAAAGAUCGGACUUUCUGGGUUCGCCGAGUCCGGGUACGAUGAGCGGUAAUAACGCGCCUCCGUUAACCCCUUCGCCAGGUCCGCCCGCCCAAGCUUACACCGUCAUCAGCAACGGAUAUCCGUCACCGAUGUCUUCGGGCAGUUACGAUCCGUAUAGUCCCAAUGGAAAAAUAGGUCGAGAAGAUUUAUCCCCACCGAGUAGUUUAAACGGAUACAGCGCUGACAGUUGCGAUUCCAAAAAGAAGAAAGGGCCUACGCCACGGCAACAAGAAGAAUUGUGUCUCGUUUGCGGAGAUCGAGCUUCCGGGUACCACUAUAACGCGCUCACGUGUGAAGGUUGUAAAGGUUUCUUUAGGAGAAGUAUAACGAAAAACGCGGUAUAUCAGUGUAAAUAUGGAAACCAUUGUGAAAUUGAUAUGUACAUGAGGCGAAAAUGUCAGGAAUGUCGAUUGAAGAAAUGUCUGAGCGUCGGAAUGAGGCCGGAAUGUGUGGUGCCGGAAGUGCAAUGUGCCGUAAAACGAAAAGAAAAGAAAGCCCAAAAGGAAAAGGAUAAACCGAACAGCACGACGAACGGAUCGCCGGAUCUUAUCAAAAUGGAACCGGAACUUUCGGAUACUGAAAAGGGCACGACAAACGGACUCGUCAAAGCUAUAUCGCCCGAACAAGAAGAACUCAUACAUCGACUCGUCUAUUUCCAAAACGAAUACGAACAUCCUUCGGAAGAAGAUGUUAAACGAAUUGUGAACGCUCCAAUGGAAGGGGAGGACCAGUGUGACGUUCGAUUUAGACAUAUAACCGAAAUAACGAUAUUAACUGUACAGCUGAUCGUGGAAUUCGCAAAACGGUUACCAGGGUUCGACAAACUUUUAAGAGAAGAUCAAAUAUCGCUUUUAAAGGCGUGUUCCAGUGAAGUAAUGAUGUUCAGGAUGGCUAGGCGAUACGAUUACAAUACAGAUUCCAUAUUGUUCGUCAAUAAUCAACCGUAUUCGAGAGAUAGCUACAACCUAGCGGGCAUGGGAGAAACUAUCGAAGAUCUGUUGCAUUUUUGUAGAACGAUGUAUUCGAUGCAAGUCGAUAACGCCGAAUACGCAUUAUUAACGGCGAUCGUUAUUUUUUCCGAACGUCCGGAUCUGAUCGAGGGUUGGAAAGUGGAAAAAAUCCAAGAGAUCUAUUUAGAAGCUUUACGGGCUUACGUGGACAAUAGAAGAAAACCGAGACCCGGAACCGUAUUCGCGAAACUACUUUCCGUAUUGACCGAACUGAGGACGUUGGGUAAUCAAAAUUCGAAAAUGUGCUUUAGCCUCAAAUUGAAAAACAAAAAGUUACCCCCGUUCUUGGCGGAAAUAUGGGACGUCGAUUUGAAAACAUAGUCUACAUGACCUCCCCGGAUAACCCGGAAAGGGUGGUGCUACAAAGUUUCAACUGUCCCCUUAUUAUUAUUAUUAUUAUCGUUGUAUAUAGGACAAGAAACGGACAGGAAAUUAGUAAGAAGUUGGCACCAUCAAGCUGGCUGUGAACAAUAUUAUAUUACUCUUUGUUUUUUUUUUAUUAACUAACACAACGGCACCUAUAUAUAUAUAUAUAUAUAUAUAUAGAGAGAGAGAGAGAGAGAAACGUUAGAACCAGACGUAAGAAUCAAAUUAUACCGUAGAUUUUUUUAACGAAACCAAAUAGAAAAAAAAAACUUUUAUAUAAGAACCUUUCUUGGCGAAAUGCUUACUUAAAUUGGUAAGACUGGACAGGACUGAAAUAAAAAUACCAUUUGAGGUGCCUUUCCGCUUUAACACGGAUACAAAAAGUCUGAGGACUGGUGCAAAACGAAAAAAUAACAAGAAGAUUAAACGAAAACGUGCAAUUUGUUAGCACCGUAUUCUGGCAAUGGGGGCGGAAUUGCUUCGAGAGAUAUUAUAAACCGAAAUUUAGCAGCAGCCGUCCGAUUAAGAUUGAUAGGGAGAGAGACAUAUAUACAGCGUGCUAUUUUCGACGCGUGCCGUCGCAUAAUUUUUUUUCCUUUACCUUUCGAUCGGAUAUUCACGGCACCGCCGUCUUUAUAAUUAAUAAGAGUGCGCAUUAAAACAAAAACGACAUAACUUCUUUUCGAUAGACUAUAUCCUGCCUUGAAGAACACUAUUUGAUGUUUAAAUUGAAUGUGUAGUUGAAUAGUCUACUCAUUUUUUAUACGAUAUAGUUUCUGUCAUUUUAGACGUUUCCGCAGCUGAAUUAGAACAAAAAAAAAAGCGAAUCAAACUAUCGUAACUUCAUUUCGAUUACCCAGUUAUAUGCCAUUACGGAAAUUUACAUGAAUUAUGGACCGAUUUGUGUUCCUUUUAGGUCGCUUCAGUAUAACAAAUAUCUAUUUUGAACUUUUGAUUUAAAUAGAAAACGAAAUGUUUAUCUUAAAAACGAUUUUCGUUAGUUUUGACCGAUUUUCGUUUUGUUAGAUCUCGUCAGUAUAAAAUUUAAAAAAAAAAUUAAUUAAACUCGUUGCUAUAUGCUUGAACGAAUAUUAAGUUUUCCUCGAUUAGUGAGUUAACGGUUUCAGCUUUUCUAGAUCUCAUCAGUAUAACAUUUUUUUUUUAUAUAAAACCUUUAAUUUGAUUAUAGACAACUGGCUUCUUCUUUCCGUACUAAUAGAAACAAAAAAUUGUUAAAAUUGCUAAUUCUAAUAUUAAAUCAAUUAUCGUAGGGUUACAGACCAGUUUCGAGCUUUCGAAGACUCGUCAGUAUAAUAAUAAGUUCGAUAAAAACUCGGCUAUUUAUUUUCUAAUAAUCUUCAAGUGAAAUUAAUAUGAGUUAUAGAUCGGUUUUUAAACUUACUAGGUCUCAUCAGUGUAAUAAUGAACUGAAUUAAAUAUUUUAUUUCAAAUAAUAGUCGAUUCAAACUAUCGUAACGUAAAAGAGUUGUGACCGAUUUUGUUCUUCUUAGAUCUCGUCAGCGUGAUGGACUAGAAUUUUUUUUCUUCGGAUUAUUGUCGAUUUGAAAAGAUUUUGGAAACAUUAUUUCUUGGUUUGAUAUAAGAGAAACAACUAUUUUAAUGGCUAUUUCCACUACUAAUAUUGAAUUAUAUGUUUUUGAUCAGAUUAUACUAGGCUACGAAUGAUUUGCGUGAGUUAUAGGACGGUUUUGGUCCUCGACAGUAUAACAAAAAAAUUUUUCUAUUUAAAAUAUCCAAGCGAAAUAUAAAACGCAUUAAAAUCAGUUCAUUUUCUUUCUUUUAAAAAUUGGAAACUGUUAAACACGCCAUUUUUAUUUGCACUUGUAAAAUUUAAUAUGAAUUAUUCAUAUUACGGACCGGUUUUGAUCUUUUUUGAUCUCGUCAGCAUAACAUAUUUAUUUUUUAUCAAGAAUGAGUGAAAUUAUUAUUAAUGUUUUCUAAUGUCUUUUAAAUAACGUUUGGGACUAUUAAUUUUUGUUUAAGCGCGACACCCGUUUGACAAAAACGCUUUUUCAUACUCAAAUGGCGAAAAUAUUUUCAUUCGUGACUUAUAAAUUAUUAUUUUGCAUUUUUACUUUUGGCUUUAAAACUAAAUGUGAAUUAUUUAAAUUACAGACCGGUUUGGAUCUUUUUUGAUCUAAUCAGCAUAACAUUUAUGUUUUUUUUGUCAAAAUUGUUGCAACUAUAUAUUUAUAUAAUAAAAUAUUACUUUAAUUGUAUCUUAUGGUACCUGGGUACUAAUUAAUUGUAUUCAAAAGUAUUUAAUGAAAUGAUGGAGAUAUUAAAGUUUGGUUUGAUUUUUUUUUGAACAUUUAAUAAAUGCAUAUAAACAUAUUUUUCAUCGAUUGUAGAUAAACAUAUUUUCAUAAAAAAAAACGAGACAGACGUAUUUUGUUGAAACACAUAAUUUCAGCGCCAUCUAUUGCCUUAAAAGUCCAAAUAAUUUUUUUUAUAUAUAGAAUACUUAUAUAUAUAUAUAUACAUAUAUUUAUUAAUUUUAUAUAAUUUUGUUUUAUUUGUAAAUUAUUUAUUGUUAUUCAUUUUCAAAAUUAAUUUUAUAAAUAUAUUGUUGCCAAAAGGGCAUUACGGCACUUGGAAAUUGAAUUUUACGCCCUUUUGCAAAAAUAUAACGUUAAAUUUAAAUAAUUUUAAAACUUUUAAAGUUUAAUUAAGCUAUUCUAUAAUAAAUAAUAAUAAAAAUGAUAUUUUUAUAAUAAAAUUUCGAUUUUUCAGUGUGGAUUCGAAAAUAAAAAAAAAUUAUUAUUCAAUUAGAAAAAAAAAUCUAUUGCAUGAAAUGCACUAUUAAAUUUUUUUUUGUUCGGAAUUUGGAAACAAAAUUUUUUAUAGAAUAGCGUAAUUUUAAAAAUUGGACUUGCAAAAAAUACAUAUUUAUUUACUCAGGAGUCAACCCCAUACAUAAUUCGAACAGGUUAGAAAAAAUAAAUAAAUAAAUAAAAUGCUAUGGGAAAUAUUUAUAUACUGUAUAAAAAGAAAUUGCCUGUAAUUUUACAUAAUAUAAAGAAAGUUGUUGGCUGACAAAAAAAAAUUGUUCGAGAAAUAUUUAAUAUCUAUUUUCUAUUAGUAAGACACUCGCCCUGUAUUCAAAGCAAGCGUACAAAAUAAUAAAAUGGUACAAACAUUUCAGGAACAUAAAAAUGGAAAUUUUCGAUUAGUCACUCAGCAGUCGGUUGACUCCUUCAGUCUAUAGUUUUGAGUCAAGUCAUCUUUCAAAAAUGUAUUUUUUCACGCUUUCCACCCCAAAAAAUUUCUCAUUUUAAUCAUCGCGCAACCUCGAAAAUCGUCAGCGGACGACGCGCGAUCAAAAAAACGCCAAAUCACAUCGCUAGAUCAUAAAAAAGGUUGUAGGAUAACGUUAGAUCAUAAAAAAGGUCAUAAGAUAACGUUCGAUCAUAAAAAAAGGUCAAAGGAUAUCACUAGAUUAUAAAAGAGAUCACAGGAUAUCGCUAGAUCAUAGAAAAAGGUCAAAGGAUAACGUUAGAUCAUAAAAGAGGUCAUAGGAUAUCGCUAGAUCAUAAAAAAGGUCAUAAGAUAACGUUAGAUCAUAAAAAAAGGUCAAAGGAUAACGUUAGAUCAUAAAAAAAGUCAUAGGAUAUCGCUGUUUCAUAAAAAAAGGUCAUAAGAUAACGUUAGAUCAUAAAAAAGGUCAUAAGAUAACGUUCGAUCAUAAAAAAAGGUCAAAGGAUAACACUAGAUCAUAAAAAAGGUCAUAGGAUAUCGCUGUUUCAUAAAAAAAGGUCAUAAGAUAACGUUCGAUCAUAAAAAAAGGUCAAAGGAUAACACUAGAUCAUAAAAAAGGUCAUAGGAUAUCGCUAGAUCAUAAAAAAAGGUCAAAGGAUAACGUUAGAUCAUAAAAGAUGUCCUAGGAUAUCGCUAUUUCAUAAAAAAAAGGUCAAAGGAUAACGUUAGAUCAUAAAAGAGGUUAUAGGAUAUCACUAGAUCAUAAAAAAGGUCAUAGACUGUCGCUAGAUCAUAAAAAAGGUCAUCGGAUAACACUAGAUCAUAAAAAAGGUCAUAGGAUAUCACUAGAUUAUAAAAGAGGUCAAAGGAUAUCGCUAGAUCAUAAAAAAAGGUCAAAGGAUAACGUUAGAUCAUAAAAGAUGUCCAAGGAUAUCGCUAGAUCAUAAAAAAAGGUCAAAGGAUAACGUUAGAUCAUAAAAGAUGUCCUAGGAUAUCGCUAUUUCAUAAAAAAAAAGGUCAUGGAUAUCGCUAGAUCAUAAAAAAGGUCAUAGGAUAUCGCCGUUUCAUAAAAAAAGGUCAUAGGAUAACGUUAGAUCAUAAAAGAGGUUAUAGGAUAUCACUAGAUCAUAAAAAAGGUCAUAGACUGUCGCUAGAUCAUAAAAAUGGUCAUAUGAUAUCGCGCGAUCGGAAAAAAAAGUAUCAUCGUACAAAGCGUGAAUAGAAAUAAAAAAAUCGAAAUCGCGCGACCGCAAAAAAGGUCGGUAGACAACGCGCGAUCACUGAAAAGGUCAGCAUACAUCGCUAGGUCUUAAAAGAGGUCAUAGGAUAUCGCGCGCGAUCGGCAAAAAAUGCAGUGUACGAGACGCGAUCAAAAAAGAAAUCAUCAUAUAUCGCGCGAUCACUAAAAAGGUCAGUCAAUGCCUUGUAAUCACAAGAAUUGUACAACAAGCGAUCAGAAAAGGGAUAAUCGAAUACCGGGCGAUCAGAAAAAAAAUGUUAGCGUACAGGUUACGGACACAAGUUAAUAGAAGACGUCAGAUUCAAGUACGUCGCGCGAUCAUAUUGAUAUCGCGCGUUUGUCACGCGAUCAACCGGGCGUUUCCUGAGGUCUGCGUAAAUCUGUAAUCCGCGCACAUUAAAGUCAUACUUUUAAAGAAAACUGUACAUAAUCAGCAACGUAUAUUUAAUGGUAAAAUUGUUUGUUAUUGAACGACAUAUUUGGAAGAUGAUAAACUCAAAUUGAUUUGUAUUCACUGCCAGCAGUGACUCUGUCUCACACCACUCAUGUUUCAUCAUCAUGUUUCACUUGAUGUACGUACGUUCGUAGGUUUCCUUUGAUAAUAAAUCGACAUUCGAGUCGUGUAUGAGAAUUUUCAAAUUUUCCAUCAGAAACGAGUUUGCGUAUCGAUACAAAUAACAAUUUUAUACAUUGGACAAAAUAAAAAUUGAGAUUUUGAAAUUAGUUUAAUGUUGGAAUUUAUUGUCAAAGGUCCCUACCAAAAAUCCAUGCAGUCUGCGUAAUAAAAAGUUGAAUCAGUGACUUUUUAUAAAUAAUAAAACUUGUAAUUUAAAUUAAGUGAAUAUAUAAAAAAAAAAGUCUAAGCUCGGCACAAAUUUUUUAAUAUCAAUAACAAGUUGGAGAAUACAAAAUCGAUUUUUUUUUUAAUGUAUUUAUUCCAUUAUUGUUAGCGUAUAUAAAAAAAAAAAAAACGAAAUGUUGUGAUUCGAGUGAUGUAAAUUAUUUCAUAAAAAGUGUUUUUACCUCAACCGAGUAACGGGAAAAAAAUUGAUUUCCCAAAAAUCCUGUAUCCAGUUUAUUAAGCGAAUAAGAAAUUUUUAGAAAAUUUGGGAACGAUCAGAGUAUCAUAAAAAUUAUGUAUUUGGGCGAUUUUCAUUAAUUCGUUUAAAUAAAUAAUUACACAUAUACAGGGUGUUCCCAAAAAAACUUGUAUCAAAUGUUAUAAUUAAAUAACAAAAUUUUGGAAACUUAAAAACGAUUAAAAGAUGAUAAAAACAAAGUUUUUGAGUGAUUUUAGUUGAUAAAUUUGUUUAAAUCACAUACACAUAUAAAGGAUGUCCCAAAAAAACUUGUACUAAAUUCUAAAAAUAAACGAAAAUUUGAAAUAAAUCGAGGAUAACAAGAGGGUCAUAAAAAUUACGUUUUCUGACUAUUUUCAUUAAUCCAUCUAAAUAAAUUACACAUAUACAGGGUUUCCCAAAAAAAAACUUGUAUCAAAUUUUUUGAUUAAAUAAAAAAUUGAGAAAACUCGAGGAUUAUUAAAAGGCUAUAAAAUUUGAGUUUUUGGAAAAUCCAAGUAAAUCACAUACACAUAUACAGGGUGUUCAAAAAAACUUGUAUAAAAUUUUAUAAUUAAAUAACAAAAUUUUGGAAACUUAAAAACGAUUAAAAGGUGAUAAAAACGAAGUUUUUGAGUGAUUUUCGUUGAUAAAUUUGUUUAAAUCACAUACACAUAUAAAGGAUGUCCCAAAAAACUUGUACUAAAUUCUAAAAAUAAACGAAAAUUUGAAAUAAAUCGAGGAUAACAAGAGGGUCAUAAAAAUUACGUUUUCUGACUAUUUUCAUUAAUCCAUCUAAAUAAAUUACACAUAUACAGGGUUUCCCAAAAAAAAAACUUGUAUCAAAUUUUUUGAUUAAAUAAAAAAUUGAGAAAACUCGAGGAUUAUUAAAAGGCUAUAAAAUUUGAGUUUUUGGAAAAUCCAAGUAAAUCACAUACACAUAUACAGGGUGUUCAAAAAAACUUGUAUCAAAUGUUAUAAUUAAAUAACAAAAUUUUGGAAACUUAAAAACGAUUAAAAGGUGAUAAAAACGAAGUUUUUGAGUGAUUUUAGUUGAUAAAUUUGUUUAAAUCACAUACACAUAUAAAGGAUGUCCCAAAAAAACUUGUACUAAAUUCUAAAAAUAAACGAAAAUUUGAAAUAAAUCGAGGAUAACAAGAGGGUCAUAAAAAUUACGUUUUCUGACUAUUUUCAUUAAUCCAUCUAAAUAAAUUACACAUAUACAGGGUUUCCCAAAAAAAAACUUGUAUCAAAUUUUUUGAUUAAAUAAAAAAUUGAGAAAACUCGAGGAUUAUUAAAAGGCUAUAAAAUUUGAGUUUUUGGAAAAUCCAAGUAAAUCACAUACACAUAUACAGGGUGUUCAAAAAAACUUGUAUAAAAUUUUAUAAUUAAAUAACAAAAUUUUGGAAACUUAAAAACGAUUAAAAGGUGAUAAAAACGAAGUUUUUGAGUGAUUUUCGUUGAUAAAUUUGUUUAAAUCACAUACACAUAUAAAGGAUGUCCCAAAAAACUUGUACUAAAUUCUAAAAAUAAACGAAAAUUUGAAAUAAAUCGAGGAUAACAAGAGGGUCAUAAAAAUUACGUUUUCUGACUAUUUUCAUUAAUCCAUCUAAAUAAAUUACACAUAUACAGGGUUUCCCAAAAAAAAAAACUUGUAUCAAAUUUUUUGAUUAAAUAAAAAAUUGAGAAAACUCGAGGAUUAUUAAAAGGCUAUAAAAUUUGAGUUUUUGGAAAAUCCAAGUAAAUCACAUACACAUAUACAGGGUGUUCAAAAAAACUUGUAUCAAAUGUUAUAAUUAAAUAACAAAAUUUUGGAAACUUAAAAACGAUUAAAAGGUGAUAAAAACGAAGUUUUUGAGUGAUUUUAGUUGAUAAAUUUGUUUAAAUCACAUACACAUAUAAAGGAUGUCCCAAAAAACUUGUACUAAAUUCUAAAAAUAAACGAAAAUUUGAAAUAAAUCGAGGAUAACAAGAGGGUCAUAAAAAUUACGUUUUCUGACUAUUUUCAUUAAUCCAUCUAAAUAAAUUACACAUAUACAGGGUUUCCCAAAAAAAAAACUUGUAUCAAAUUUUUUGAUUAAAUAAAAAAUUGAGAAAACUCGAGGAUUAUUAAAAGGCUAUAAAAUUUGAGUUUUUGGAAAAUCCAAGUAAAUCACAUACACAUAUACAGGGUGUUCAAAAAAACUUGUAUAAAAUUUUAUAAUUAAAUAACAAAAUUUUGGAAACUUAAAAACGAUUAAAAGGUGAUAAAAACGAAGUUUUUGAGUGAUUUUCGUUGAUAAAUUUGUUUAAAUCACAUACACAUAUAAAGGAUGUCCCAAAAAACUUGUACUAAAUUCUAAAAAUAAACGAAAAUUUGAAAUAAAUCGAGGAUAACAAGAGGGUCAUAAAAAUUACGUUUUCUGACUAUUUUCAUUAAUCCAUCUAAAUAAAUUACACAUAUACAGGGUUUCCCAAAAAAAAAACUUGUAUCAAAUUUUUUGAUUAAAUAAAAAAUUGAGAAAACUCGAGGAUUAUUAAAAGGCUAUAAAAUUUGAGUUUUUGGAAAAUCCAAGUAAAUCACAUACACAUAUACAGGGUGUUCAAAAAAACUUGUAUAAAAUUUUAUAAUUAAAUAACAAAAUUUUGGAAACUUAAAAACGAUUAAAAGGUGAUAAAAACGAAGUUUUUGAGUGAUUUUCGUUGAUAAAUUUGUUUAAAUCACAUACACAUAUAAAGGAUGUCCCAAAAAACUUGUACUAAAUUCUAAAAAUAAACGAAAAUUUGAAAUAAAUCGAGGAUAACAAGAGGGUCAUAAAAAUUACGUUUUCUGACUAUUUUCAUUAAUCCAUCUAAAUAAAUUACACAUAUACAGGGUUUCCCAAAAAAAAACUUGUAUCAAAUUUUUUGAUUAAAUAAAAAAUUGAGAAAACUCGAGGAUUAUUAAAAGGCUAUAAAAUUUGAGUUUUUGGAAAAUCCAAGUAAAUCACAUACACAUAUACAGGGUGUUCAAAAAAACUUGUAUAAAAUUUUAUAAUUAAAUAACAAAAUUUUGGAAACUUAAAAACGAUUAAAAGGUGAUAAAAACGAAGUUUUUGAGUGAUUUUCGUUGAUAAAUUUGUUUAAAUCACAUACACAUAUAAAGGAUGUCCCAAAAAACUUGUACUAAAUUCUAAAAAUAAACGAAAAUUUGAAAUAAAUCGAGGAUAACAAGAGGGUCAUAAAAAUUACAUUUUUGUAACGAUUUACUUUGAUAAAUUACAUUCAAAAACAUACAGGGUUGGUUAAAAAUCUUAUAUGGGAACUUUUUUGUAUUUUCUUAAUGCCAAAAUUGGCAAUGAAUCGUGUCUUGCUCCAAAAGGGUUCAAAAUGAGUUUCUGGACAAUUAAAUUUGAUCGUAAUUAAGAUAAGAGAUUUAUUUAUUUAUAACAUUUUGAGUUAUUUGAAAAACUAUCGAGCAUACAAAAUUUUUAAUCCGCAUCAAAAUACAAUUUUCAGUACUCCAAACUAUCGAAUUUUCUUUUUUGUUUAAUUUAAAAAUUAUGACUUGAAACUUUAUGGAAACGAUGGUGCUUAAUAUACACUGUAGUCCAAAAAUUCGGAAACUUUUCAAAAAUAAUUCAAUUUGUUUAUAAUAUACCUGAUAUCGUGAAAUUUCGAUAAGAAAAAAAAAUUUUUUCAUAAUGAAUUUCUUCGCAGUAAGUAUGGCCGCCUUUAUAACUAGUGUAUGGUCACCGUAACUGAAAAUUUCUACGUUUUGAUUCUAUUCUAUUGUUUCCCAAUCGUAUAUUAGUAGUUUAAAAUCGUAAAAAUCCAAAUUACUUUCAUGUUAAUCGACUAUUUUCGUUGUAGUAAUUUUUAAUUUUCGAAAAUCACUUUCUUAUAGACUGCGUAGAUUGUGCCUUACGUAUACCGCCUUACUAAAAUUUAUUUCUAGUAGCUCUUUGUUACGAAAUUCAAAAGUCACGUAGACGAAUUCGUAUCUUUUCCUCAUACCCUCGUAGUUACAACGAAUUUUUAAAUUUGUGACUAAUUUGAAACCUUCCUUCUAUGCUAUUUCCUCAAUUUCACGUUAAAACACUUUUCAUGAAACGAAAUACUAAAAACUUUUAGAUUUUGUAUCUCACCCUGUAUAUUUGACACUGCCAAAUUUUUUGGACUGCCAUCGUGCUAACUGUAGAUUUUUUCGUAAAUGUUUGUCUGUCAUAUAGAUGUAAGGAUAAGCUAAAGACUGCAUGGAUCGUUAAAUUUAAUAACAAAAAAAAAAUAAUUUUUAAACGACUGUACUGUUAACCAAAUUUUUUCUUGGUAAGCUAAAUAAAUUAUUAAAGUGAAAUAUAAUGUCGUGCUAUUGCAUCAUGUUUUGUAAAUGAUUAAGAUUGCAGUUAACAUCAGAUUCUUGCUAUGGAAAAUUCGAUAACCUCAUUGUCAAAAUUAAAUAAAAAAAAACUGAUCAACACAUAAAACAAAUAAUUGAAGAUGUCAAAAAUAGAUUAGCAACAGGAACUAAGCUAAAAAUAGAUUAGAAAACAGAAACAUUCUAUUUAUAAACUCCAAUUCAACGACAAUGAGGUUAUGUAUUAUGUUUGGUUAUACUAGUUUUGUUAAUUUCAUUUAAAACCUCCGAAUGCUAAGAAAUCGUUACAUACGGUAUCAAACUAUUCCAUUUAUUGUAAUAUAUAAUUUGUUACAAAUUUAAAUUAGAAAUUUCCCAACGCUAUCAUUUCAUAUCUACCAGUUAUUUUCUCAGUGAAAUUAUUAUUUGAAAUAAAAAUAAAGAAAAAUAUUGAAAUUUUAUAGUAACAAUUUUGUUUGGUUACUUCUAUUAUCCACUUUUAAUUAUAAAAAAUUUACUUACCUUU